CAAUGUUCGAUAACCACAAUAAUCCUGUUUUCACGAGCAAUUUCAUACAAUAUAAGAAUGGCACCAAUCCGGGCAAGUAACGCAAACAAUUACUCUUCACUGACAAAGCCUACAAACCAAGUUUACAAAAAUAACCAACGAAAUGCCUCAAUACCGCAACGGUCAAGCCGUGCACUACAAGCCCGUUGGAGGUCCCGACUCCCGCACCUCCGAAAGUACCGGCACCAUCAAGUCCGUCCUCACGGAGCCCGGUAGCCAGGCGGGUCGGAAUGUCGGUGCUAGUGAGGAAGAGCCGAGAUAUGAGAUUGAGAACCAGUAUACCGGAAAGACAACGAGUGUUUUUGAGAGGAAUAUCCUUGGCGAUGCUUAGUUGGGUUUGAUGGUUGACACACGGAGUAUGGGUUUGUCGUAUGGAUGGAUAGUAUUUUAAGUUAGGAACUGAAUAUAGGUCUUUCGUUGUACAGUAAUGGUUAAGUCUAGUACAUGGGCAUAUGAUGGUGUAUGACACGCAUACAAAACCGCUCACAUCGCUAUCAGUCUGGGAAAAAGCAAAGCCUUAUUCAAAAUGUUCAGUUGCAAAAUGGAUUAAGAAUAAGACACAUACAGCUAACUAAUCGCUAAUGAGGUACACCAAUUCAAUACAAUCCACCCUCCUUUC